AUGAAACAUGAAAAGAAAAAAAUAAAAGAAAAGAAAAAGAAUCGAAGAAAAAUACUGAAAAAGAAAAAAACGAAAAGAAGAAAACGAAAGGAAGAAGAAAAAGAAAAGAAACAAAGGGAAAAAGAACAAGAAAAAGAAACGAAGAAAAAGGAAAAAAUAGAGAAAAUAGGAAAACCGAAAAAAAUGAUAAAGAAGGGAGAAAAAAAAAAACAAAGAAAAAGACAAAAAAAUGAAAAGAAUAAAAAGCAAAUGAAAGGAAAAGAAAAGAAAUAA